AAUCUGAUCAUCACAUUGCAAUGAUCAUCGCUCAGGAUCGGUGCCUCUGUUAGCCUUCUGUUCAUUUUGAUUUUGAACUUUUACAUAAACCAGACAUGAAUCACAGCGGCCAACCGCCCUUGGGCCAUGGUGACCCUUCGGUCGGGAUGAUCGGGAUGGUAUCACACCAUCCGAGUGGAAACAUGAGUGGUAAUAUGGUAACUCAUCAGAUACCACAUCAGCAACAGAAUCUUCCUCCGUCGAGUAAUACAGGAGGUCGUUGUUGCGCAGGAUGUGGUGGAAAAAUCAUGGACAGAUUUCUUCUUCAUGCACUCGAUCGGUAUUGGCACAAUGGUUGCUUGAAAUGCACAUGUUGCCAGGCGACACUGGCGGACAUUGGAAGUUCAUGUUUUACAAAAGCGGGAAUGAUCCUGUGCAAGACAGAUUAUAUUCGGUUGUUCGGAAAUACGGGAGCAUGUAGCGCAUGUGGCCAGAUGAUCCCUGCCAGCGAAUUCGUCAUGAGAGCUCAGAACAACGUUUACCAUCUAAAAUGUUUUGCCUGCGUCAAGUGUCACAAUCAACUGGUGCCAGGUGAUCGUUAUAAUUUAGUUAACGGUUCAGUAUUAUGCGAACAGGACUGCCUGAAAAUGCUUAAAGGCACAACCAGUCCAGCAGGAGUGAGGAAGAACAGCAAAGUCCGUGUUGGUUCUGCCAUAAAAGUGUGACCAACCUGUAUAGAGUCUAACCCUUAAAGAGAGAGAAAAAAAACCUCCCAAAAAACAAAACAAAUAAAAACUAUAAACAAUUUUUUCGGGUUGGUUUAAAUCAUCUUUUGUCCCAUUUCCUCAACCCCAUCUGCUCACUUGCUCACCAUGAAUCGGAUUUAAAAAAUAUACAAUAAAAAAAAACUUUUUUGAUGGAUCGAGUUAUAUGUAACGAGGUGUAAGAAGUGUGCACUUCUCUAUUAAAAAAAAAAGAAAAAUUGCAUUUUUCCCCCUCAAUAAUUGAGGUUAAACAGUAUAUAAAUAUGAACGAAAAACCAAUUUUUUUGAUUGACUCCCUCAAAAUGAAUUCUUUCAGCUCAAAAAUAUUGAGCUAAACUUGAUCAAUUUUAACAAUAUGGAUUCAUAUCGAGAUAAUAAAAGAUCUGUUGAAUUCGGA